UUAUUUUUUGGCUUUGCUCCUGCGUGACUACUAGGGGACGUUGACUUUUUCAGAUCGGCGUCAUGAUGGCUAUCAUGAGACUCACAUUACAAAGCUGUGCUGUUGCUUUGCUGCUAUUUUCCUUGCCUCUUGUCAAUGGAGAUGUAAGCUUUUCUUUUCCGGAGGAGAUGAAACGUGGAUCUGUGAUCGGAAAUAUCGCCAAAGAUUUGGGCCUUGAAACAAGCAGACUCACCGCUCGAAAGGCCCGUAUUGACACCGAUGGGAGCGAUAAACGUUACUGUGACUUAAACCUCCGUAACGGGGAUCUGACUGUUGCCGAGAGGAUUGACAGGGAGGGCCUUUGUGGAGACAAAGCAUCCUGCGUUUUAAAACAAGAACUCAUGUUAGAGAAUCCAUUAGAAUUGCAUAGAAUUAGUCUGCAUGUUAAGGACAUAAAUGAUAACUCUCCGCAAUUCAACAAAGAUUUGAUCGAUAUAGAUAUUAGUGAAUCGGCGGUUAAAGGUGCUCGGUUUCCAAUAGAAGAAGCACAUGAUGCGGAUAUAGGCACAUAUUCAGUUCAGACGUACAACCUCCAAAGCAAUGAGCAUUUUAUUCUGGGCGUUGGAACUAAUUCUGUGCAACUUGUCCUCAACAAAGAGCUUGACCGCGAAAACUUAAAGGAAAUGAAUCUACUUCUUACAGCUCUGGAUGGAGGUUCUCCUCAAAGGUCAGGUACUGUGGUCAUUCACAUCACUGUACUCGAUGCUAAUGAUAACGUGCCAGUGUUCAGCCAGGCAGUUUAUAAAGCCAGUCUGCCUGAAAACUCUCCACGAAGCACUGUCGUGCUGACAGUGAGUGCCACAGAUGCAGACGAGGGACUAAACGGAGACGUUACAUAUGAUUUUGGACACAUUUCAGAAGAUAUUAAGUCGAUGUUUACCAUUGAUCAUAAGACAGGUGAAAUAAAGUUGACGACUACUGUUGAUUUUGAAAUGUCCUCAUCAUUUGAACUGCGCGUCACAGCAAAAGAUGGUUUGGGAUUAACCUCUUAUGCCAAAGUCAUCAUAGAUGUUACUGAUGUAAAUGACAACGCCCCUAUUAUAAACCUAAAAUCCCUCACAAAUCCCAUACCUGAGAAUGUGUCACCUGGUACAGAGGUGGGCAUCAUUAACGUGCAGGAUAGAGACUCUGAGAAUAACAGACAGGUCCGCUGCUCCAUUCAGCAAAACGUCCCUUUUAAGUUGGUUCCUUCUAUUAAAAACUAUUAUUCUCUGGUGACCACAGGACAACUGGACCGUGAACUAGUGUCUGACUACAACAUUACAAUCAGUGCCACUGACGAGGGCUCUCCACCUCUGUCCUCCUCUAAAACUGUUCAGUUAUCUGUAGCAGACAUCAACGACAACCCACCUGUGUUUGAGGAACAGUCGUACAGCGCAUAUGUGAGUGAAAAUAACAAACCUGGCUCCACUUUAUGUUCCGUUACUGCUCGAGACCCAGACUGGAGACAAAACGGUACAGUGAUUUAUUCUCUGUUACCCGGUGAGGUGAACGGUGCCCCGGUGUCCUCCUAUCUCUCUGUUAACGGAGACACGGGGGUGAUCCACGCUGUGAGGUCGUUUGAUUAUGAACAGUUCAGGAGUUUUAAAGUCCACGUGACGGCCAGAGACAACGGUUCUCCUCCGCUCAGCAGCAACGUGACCGUCAGUGUGUUCGUAUCGGAUGUGAAUGACAACUCUCCUCAGAUACUGUACCCCGCCCCGGAGGGCAACUCCUUCAUGACCGAGCUGGUCCCCAAAGCUGCACACGGAGGCUCUCUGGUGUCCAAAGUGAUAGCAGUGGACGCAGACUCCGGACAGAACGCCUGGCUGUCCUAUCAUAUAGUCAAAUCCACUGAUCCGGGACUUUUCACUAUUGGUCUCCACAGCGGAGAGAUCAGGACACAGCGGGACAUUUCUGAGUCUGACAGCAUGAAACAGAACCUUAUUGUGUCAGUGAAAGAUAACGGACAGCCCUCUCUCUCUGCCACCUGCUCCAUGUAUUUACUUAUCUCUGAUAACUUGGCUGAGGUGCCAGAACUGAAGGAUAUUUCUUAUGAUGAGAAGAACUCCAAACUGACCUCUUAUCUGAUCAUCGCGCUGGUGUCCGUGUCCACCUUUUUUCUGACCUUCAUCAUCAUCAUCCUGGGUGUGAGGUUUUGUCGCAGUAGAAAGCCCAGACUGUUGUUUGAUGGAGCAGUUGCCAUCCCCAGCGCUUAUCUCCCUCCUACUUACGCAGAUGUUGACGGCACAGGAACUUUACGCAGCGCUUACAAUUAUGACGCCUACCUGACAACAGGUUCUAGAACCAGUGACUUUAAGUUCGUGUCAUCUUACAAUGACAACACACUGCCUGCUGACCAGACUCUGAGGAAAAGUCCUUCUGACUUUGUUGACCCGUUCGAAGACUUAGAGGCGGCUGUAGAGGUAGGAACAGUUAAAAAUAUAUUGAUGGGAGACAAAGGAUUUUCAGCGCUGCGGCCGAUCCUCUGCUUUGCUUCCUUUAUCGUAACGCUGCAGCUCGUUAAUGGAGACCUGAGUUAUUCUGUUCCAGAAGAGAUGAAACGCGAGUCUGUUAUUGGAAAUAUAGCCAAAGAUCUCGGUCUUGAUCUGAGGACUUUAUCUUCCCGAAAGGCCCGUGUUGAUUUUGAAGGGACUCGUAAACGGUACUGUGAUAUUAAUCUGAGUACUGGAUAUUUGGUCACAUCGGAGAGAAUGGACAGAGAAAGCCUUUGUGGCAAGAAACCCUCGUGUGUUGUGAAAGUAGAUCUGGUGUUAGAAAAUCCUCUGGAGCUUCAUCGUGUCAGUCUUCAUAUUCAAGAUGUAAACGACAACUCGCCACAAUUCAACGAAGAUUUGAUUGAAAUGGAAAUGAGUGAGUUAGCUGAAAAGGGUAACCGCUUCUCUAUCGACGAGGCCCAUGACGCAGAUAUAGGUCAAAAUGCUGUUCAGAGGUACAGCCUACAGAAAAACGACAACUUUAUUCUCUCUGUUGACAGCAACAAGGUUGAACUCGUACUGGAGAAUAAACUUGAUCGUGAAAGGCAACAAGAUAUUAAUUUGCUCCUCACAGCUUUAGAUGGAGGCUCUCCUCAGAGAUCAGGUACUGUAGUCAUACACGUCACUGUGCUGGAUGCUAAUGAUAACGCCCCAGUGUUUAGCCAGGCCGUUUAUAAAGCCAGUCUGCCUGAAAACUCUCCUCCAGACACCUUAGUGAUUAAUGUUAGUGCUACUGACGCAGAUGAAGGAGUGAAUGGAGAUGUGACGUAUCACUUUGGCCAUGUAUCUGAUGAUAAUAUAAAUAUUUUCUCUAUUGAUCCUAAAACUGGAGAAAUUAAAGUAACUGGUGUGAUCGACUUUGAAGAAAUUAAUUAUUUUGAAAUGAGAAUAAAAGCUAAAGAUGGUUUAGGACUAACUUCUUACGCCAAAGUUAUAAUAGAUGUUACUGAUGUGAAUGAUAAUGCUCCAGUGAUAUAUCUGAAAUCACUGACUAACCCCAUACCUGAGAACGUGUCACCUGGUACAGAGGUGGGCAUCAUUAACGUGCAGGAUAGAGACUCUGAGAACAACAGACAGGUCCGCUGCUCCAUUCAGCAAAACGUCCCUUUGAAGUUGGUUCCUUCUAUUAAAAACUAUUAUUCUCUGGUGACCACAGGACAACUGGACCGUGAACUAGUGUCUGACUACAACAUUACAAUCAGUGCCACUGACGAGGGCUCUCCACCUCUGUCCUCCUCUAAAACUGUUCAGUUAUCUGUAGCAGACAUCAACGACAACCCACCUGUGUUUGAGGAACAGUCGUACAGCGCAUAUGUGAGUGAAAAUAACAAACCUGGCUUCACUUUAUGUUCCGUUACUGCUCGAGACCCCGACUGGAGACAAAACGGUACAGUGAUUUAUUCUAUGUUACCCGGUGAGGUGAACGGUGCCCCGGUGUCCUCCUAUCUCUCUGUUAACGGAGACACGGGGGUGAUCCACGCUGUGAGGUCGUUUGAUUAUGAACAGUUCAGGAGUUUUAAAGUCCACGUGACGGCCAGAGACAACGGUUCUCCUCCGCUCAGCAGCAACGUGACCGUCAGUGUGUUCGUAUCUGAUGUGAAUGACAACUCUCCUCAGAUACUGUACCCCGCCCCGGAGGGCAACUCCUUCAUGACCGAGCUGGUCCCCAAAGCUGCACACGGAGGCUCUCUGGUGUCCAAAGUGAUAGCAGUGGACGCAGACUCCGGACAGAACGCCUGGCUGUCCUAUCAUAUAGUCAAAUCCACUGAUCCGGGACUUUUCACUAUUGGUCUCCACAGCGGAGAGAUCAGGACACAGCGGGACAUUUCUGAGUCUGACAGCAUGAAACAGAACCUUAUUGUGUCAGUGAAAGAUAACGGACAGCCCUCUCUCUCUGCCACCUGCUCCAUGUAUUUACUUAUCUCUGAUAACUUGGCUGAGGUGCCAGAACUGAAGGAUAUUUCUUAUGAUGAGAAGAACUCCAAACUGACCUCUUAUCUGAUCAUCGCGCUGGUGUCCGUGUCCACCUUUUUUCUGACCUUCAUCAUCAUCAUCCUGGGUGUGAGGUUUUGUCGCAGUAGAAAGCCCAGACUGUUGUUUGAUGGAGCAGUUGCCAUCCCCAGUGCUUAUCUCCCUCCUACUUACGCAGAUGUUGACGGCACAGGAACUUUACGCAGCGCUUACAAUUAUGACGCCUACCUGACAACAGGUUCUAGAACCAGUGACUUUAAGUUCGUGUCAUCUUACAAUGACAACACACUGCCUGCUGACCAGACUCUGAGGAAAAGUCCAUCUGACUUCGCUGAAGCGUUUGCAGAUUGUGAUUCUUCUCCUGAGGUAGGAACAUCAUACGUAAAGUUAUCAGAACAAAAGGCUACUCAUUCACUUUUUUAG